AUGGCUGUGAUUAUCAGACAGCAUCCGAAGCCGAACGAAGCGACUGAUGCAAUGUCACAAAAAGAAGAAAUUGAUGAACAGUUCUUUGAACUUACAGUCAAUGAUGUACAGAGCAUUCGUCGAGAUCUUAGAGCACAAGCGUACGUCCUCUUCUCCAGCAACGCACUUCAAAGCGUACGCCUUCUCUGCUUCAGUGCAGAAAAUCGUAAACAUUCAAACGACCGGAGGCAAAAAUAA